AUGGAGGAGGAGGAGGCGGCAGCGGGCGUCGGCCCUUCUGGUGUGCCUCAGAGCGCACUGCGACGACGUGCCCACCGAAGCAAGCGAGUUUCCGGCGCCACGGGAGAGGCCAGUUGGGCCAGCAGUGUCAUCAAUUUGGUCAAUACGAUCAUCGGUGCCGGUGUUCUGGCCAUGCCACUUGCGAUUUCACACAUGGGAAUUCUCCUGGGGACAUGCGUGAUCUUAUGGUCUGGGGUUACAGCGGGUUUCGGACUCUAUCUUCAAUCGCGAUGCGCCCAAUACCUCGAUCGGGGAGGCGCUUCCUUCUUUGCCCUCUCGCAAUUGACUUACCCUAACGCGGCGGUGGUUUUUGAUGCCGCGAUUGCCAUCAAAUGUUUCGGAGUUGGCGUGAGCUAUCUGAUUAUCAUCGGUGACCUGAUGCCGGGCGUCGUCCAGGGCUUCGUUGGGGGCGACCCCUCGUAUGACUUUCUGGUGGAUCGUCACUUCUGGGUGACUGCUUUCAUGUUGAUUGUGAUCCCCCUCUCUUACCUUCGACGGCUCGAUUCGUUAAAAUAUACCAGCAUCGCGGCUUUGGUUUCAAUGGCGUAUUUGGUUGUCUUGGUCGUUUAUCACUUCGUCAAGGGUGACACAAUGGCGGAUCGUGGUCCAAUUCGUGUGAUCCACUGGGCUGGUCCCCUUCCUACCUUGAGCAGUUUCCCCGUGAUUGUGUUCGCGUUUACCUGCCACCAAAACAUGUUCUCUAUUCUCAACGAGAUCAAGAAUAAUAGCCACUUCCGAACAACCAGCGUCGUCUUCGCUAGCAUUGGCAGUGCAGCGGCAACCUACAUUCUUGUCGCCAUCACCGGCUAUCUUUCGUUCGGCAAUAGUGUUGCCGGUAAUAUCGUCGGCAUGUACCCACCAGGUGUUGCAGCAACAAUCGGCCGUGCUGCAAUUGUCAUGCUCGUCGUCUUCUCUUACCCGCUUCAAUGCCACCCCUGCCGGGCUUCGCUGGACGCGGUUAUGAAGUGGCGCCCCAAAUCCAUGCCCAGCUCGAAUGAGGGCUCGCCCCAUCGGCAUCCUCUGCUGGGUCCGCGCGGUACCCGGACCCCCGAGCCGAUGAGUGACCUGCGCUUCUCAAUCAUCACCACUACCAUUCUUAUCCUUAGCUACCUUGUCGCCAUGACAGUAUCCUCUCUGGAGGCAGUGCUGGCUUAUGUUGGCAGUACUGGUAGCACGAGUAUCAGUUUCAUUCUGCCGGGUCUUUUCUACUACAAGAUCUCCUCUCCUGACUCUCCCGCCCACCGCGGUCUUCUCAAGGAAGAUGAUGAGGCGAAUGACGAUCUGUCGGAUGAUGAAGGUUACGACGGCGAUGACGGUGAAGGUUCUUUGACCCAAUCACUGACAGGCAGUGGCUUCCUGCCUCGACCUACCCGACACUGGCGCAAAACAUUGCUGCGACGCCUGAGCUUGGGCCUAGCAUGCUACGGAGUGGUGGUCAUGGUUGUGUGUCUCAUCACCAAUACGUUCUUAAUCGCCUCACAUUGA